UGGACAAUUUGGAGUCGCCAAUUAACCUAGCAUGUUUUUGGAAUGUGGGAGGAAACCGGAGUACCCGGAGAAAACCCACGCAUGCACGGGGAGAACAUGCAAACUCCACACAGAGAUGGCAGAGGGUGGAAUUGAACCCUGGUCUCCUAGCUUUGAGGUCUGCGCGCUAACCACUCUACGAUCGUGCCGCUCCAUCAUGAAGCAAUUAGGAGCAAAUUUAAAUUUAGGAGCCCACCUGUGGUGACUCCGAAAUCAGGAAAAAAAACAAAAAGGAAACCUGUGGUUGGAGUGAAAAAGCUUAAUAUACAGCCCUGUGUAAUGAGUGAUCUGCCAUAUUAUUCCAAUUUUCUUGCAGUUUAACUUGAAACAUGCAGAUAGGCCUGUCAUGAUAAAUUUUGCUGGUCGAUAAUUGUGCUAUUAAUUAUUAUUAUUGCGCCACUAGAUGGUACUCAAGUGUUUUGUGGUUUGUGAGACAUGCCAUAUUACCUACGAAUAGCGGAGGGUCGCCAUGUCACACACAAUUCCUUUUCCUGGUGUCAAGUAAGUACACACAGCAACACAAAAGCGGGAUAAAACCAGAAAAUACACUACCAACAUAUAAUGCAGAAUAUUAACCAACUAUGUGAGCUCCAACCAGAUGCUUUCCAGCAUUUUUCACAAAAACUGUACAGCAAAGCACUCUGGGGAAAGGAAGUACUCCCACCGAUGCUAAAUUAUAAAGAUCAUCUCUGGUAAGAAAAAAACACUUCAAUAAAACCUUUAGAUACACCCAUUUAUGUAGUAUAUUGUGUGUAGUUAUGUGCCUUGGUGUAGUUGUCUUUAAAAAGCUACAAAAAUUGCAAAGAAUAAUACAAUUAAAAAUAAUACUUCUCUGCAUAGUACGUUAUUAUUGACAAAGACUGUCUGAGCAGUUAACUCCUUAGUGGUAUUCUGUUGCUACUGUGUUGUGUGGAUUAACUUACUUAACUUUAAUAAAUGAACAUGUGGUCAAGGAGAGGCAUGUUUGAAAAGUGAGUGGUAAAAAAAAGUUACAGUAUAUAUAAAGACUUUUCAAAUUUCUGAAACAUUAUUACCUACAUUAGGACAGUUGGACAUUCCUUAAUAGUGGCCAUUCAGCAGGCAGUAGUGGCGACUAUUACCAGACAUCACAGCUCCCCGACCUGUUGACCUCCACCAAAGUCUUCAAAAAACACCCCCAUGUCCGCCGCAAGCUCCAGUGGUCGGCUCCUUCCUUCAUUCGCCUACACACACACACACACACACACACACACACAUACACAUACACACAAACAAAGUGCAGUAUUUUCAACUUGAAGCCCUGCUUACAGUAUGGGCAUAGUGUGUGGGUGUGUAAUGGUGACUAAUCCAAUUUGUGGUCUUAUUCUGGAUCUGUAGUUGUCACUGAGCCCUUAAUCACUGUGGUAAGAGACAGUCACACAAAGUAAUCUCUUGCCCAAGCUCACUGAUCCUUGUGACAAUGUCAUUUUUUUUUUAGUAUUCAUGAAUGAAUAUGGUGGGUAAACACAAGGCGAGUUUCACUACCCUUCUGUCAAAACACCUCAGUGAGGCAGCAAAGCACCAGGCUCCUGUCAUUGACCUGGCACCAUUUAGCUCAGCUACUCCCGAUCCGCCUCCUUCCAUCCGUCCAUCCAUUCACUCACGCAGGGAGGCUUGGCUUGCUUGUUGCCGCGGGAUACGCCUGUUGCUGAGCGCAAUGUCGGAGCGCAUGCAGCUCUCCCUUGCCUUGUGCAGGAUUGGGCUUUACACGUGUUUCCGGGCACUGUGCUGUAAAGGACCGCCACCGCCAAGACCGGAGUACGAUGUGGUUUGCAUCGGCCUGACUGGUGCUGGAAAGACCAGCCUGCUCUCGCGCCUCUGUAGUGAGGGCAGCGACGGAAUUGUUCCCACCACUGGUUUUAGCAUCAAAGCAGUGCCAUUUCCUAAUGCCAUCUUGAAUGUAAAAGAACUUGGAGGAGCUGACAACAUCAAGAAAUAUUGGUGCCGCUACUAUCAGGGGUCGCAGGGUGUCGUCUUUGUAUUGGACAGCGCUUCAUCAGAUGAGGACCUUGAGGCGGCGCGUAAUGAGCUGCACUCGGCCCUGCAGCACCCACAGCUCUGCACACUGCCUUUCCUCAUCCUCGCCAAUCACCAGGACAAGCCCGCUGCAAGGACGCCAAACCAGGGCAUUCAAUUGAUCGCAACUGGACUGUUCUGCAAAGAGUCCUUUUUGAGAUGUGUGCAACCCUGGUGACCGGCUACAAGAUACGUCUGACCUCUGUGCUGGCCCAUAAAGGCUUCUCCCCCGAGUACUCAGCCAUGUUUUGCUUUGAGAUCAAAUGCUUUCCAUCAAUCAAACGCUAAUUACAGUAAUUCAUUUACCUUUAGUUAAUGUAAUUUUGUUUUUUUUGUACAUUCUCUCGCUCUCUGCUGCAGUAAACCUACCAUAAAAAAUCUUUAUUGUUAUUAUUCAUCUUACAGAAUCAGCAAGGGAUCACAUACUUUUCUCCCCACUGUGUAGGCAAGGCAAAGUAAUAAGCUAAUUAUAUUAUUAUAUUAUUAUAUAUAUACUAAUAUUGUCUGUAUAAUUCUUGGCUCUCUUAGUAUACAUUUUUGCAUACCUGCAUAACACACUUGUUUUAAAUUGAUUUAACCCACUUGCCAAAGGACUGCAGAUGGAAAGUAGCUGUAGCUAAAUCUGGUUUACAGUAAGUGUGUGACGAUAUAUUGAACUAAAUCGAGUAUAUCGAAUAAAAUCCAGCCAUAUAAAUGUCUUUCAGCGGUCGUCCUAAAUCACCAUUUUAGGAGUACCUCCUGAAUGGCACAAAGUGGCAGACAGUUGGGCGGAACUUAUGCCGCGGAACUCACAGAUCAAGAAAACUGAAACUGCGCUAUGGAGGAUGCAAGCAGCUAAAUAGUCAAAUCAAAAGUGUAGACUCACUUUGGUUUUCAUAGUAUGGAUAGAUGAGACACAUCUUGAUAAGGACAUUUUAGUAUGCAAGAAGUAUCUCAGGACAAUACGACACAAACUUGCACAGUUCCAAAUAACAGCUGAGGAGAAACGUUGCUUUUGAAACGGUACAAAAUGUUAAUGCCAGGUGUAGAGUUCUAUGUUGCUAUGUGAAAACAAUAGAAGUUCCAGGAUGGAAGUUCCAGUAAUGAUCAAAAUACGGCAUAUAUCACAUGUUAUCAUGAAUGUGCCCGUUACAACAUGGAUAUGAAACCAUAAAAGUGCAGUUUUCCUUUCAAAGAUUAAUGUGUUUAUCUCUGUUAAUAAAAAAACAUAAACUAGGUGAUGGAGACGUCCUGAUCAAUGAUUGGUUCGACGGUCAGUGACAGCCAUAGGUGACGCCUCUGCUGUCGCUGCAGAUUAAGAGGGUGGCUGGGUCAUAGUUAAGGGAAGUAAUUGUUAGCCAGCUUUUUUGUCUCUAUUUCAGUAAGUCUGAUAAUAAAGGGGGUGGAGUGGUGCCAUAGGGGCUGAGCCCUCUCCCCGUUUGAUCAUUGAUCUCCAUGACCCCAUUUGAAUGGUCUUAAUCUCUCAGUUGACCUCCUCUAGGAUAUUUUAGAGGGAGGGUGACAGGGGUGGAUGUUUACUGGGAACCAUCAAGAUUGAGGAUGCUGUGGCGAAAGUGAUUUGAGGGAGGUGGGGCAUAUUUUUCCACUUGAGUUGAGAAUGGUGUAAUGGCCCUAGUGGGAGGUCAGGGGAUGCUUGUGUGACAAGUGCCAAUGUAUAUUUCAGACAUGUAACUUCAUUUUUACUUUUCUAAUUUUUUAAAUUUUUAUUUUUGCUAUUUAUACAUGGAAAAACCCAUUCAUUGCCCCACUAUGGACGCGCAGGAGCAGGUAUAUAUUUCUUUGCGGCUGUUGGUUUCUGUCUUUGUUUGAAAUGUUUUUGUCUUCAGGGCUCAAACUGAAUGUUGUGACAAGACUCCCAUAUAAUACAGUAAAAAUUGGCAUCUUUUAGACAUACUUGCAAAUGGUGAUUAAUCAUGAUUAACUUGACACCUGUGAUUGUGAUUAAAAAUGUUAACCAUUUGACAGCCCUGGGUUUUAGUAGUGUUGUCUUGCUUGAAGACCCUUUGACAACUGUGCUGUGCGUAUGACCACCUGUCUUGGAGCCUUACACUCUGCACUGCAGUGUACUGAUGCAGUAUUUUUCGACCUUUCUUCAAAGCAAUCAAAGAUCCAUUCAGCUACAACCAUCUCUUAGAGCGGGGUAUACUGACAAUUCAGUAUUACCCGAGGCGUUUGAUUAUAAAGAAUAACACACAAGUUUUAUUUGAAAACAGUUUUAUGUGUAAGCUCUACCUUGAAAAGAUUUUACAAAUCACAGUUUUUAUUUGGGGCAACUUCACUUUUGAUGAGGAUGAUACAUUCUAGUGCAGUCUUUAUUUUCAGGAUUUCAUAUGCAUUGUAAUAGUUUUGUGCAAAGGAGGUGUAAACACCAUAACAGGAAGAGAGGGGGAUUUUGCUGAGAGGAUUGUGUUUUCAUUUCAGUGUCUAUGGAGUUCAGGCAAGGUAAUUAAGUCGCUGGUUUAUUUUGUCUCUUCGUCAGGACCACCAGAUGAGCGCCGGUGUUGUCAGACAAGGUGUUUAGCUCCAACACGCCCAAUCAUAAGCAGCCUUGCAGAUGUGCAUGCUUGUGUUAAUCAGAAUGUUAUGUCUCUGCUAUAGGAUUUGUUGCUUGUUGUGUGAUCAAUCCACCAGCAACAUCAGGCAUGUAUUUUCUAUGUCUCUAUGACGCCAUCGGCUUCAUCUUCAGCUGGAAAGGUUUUAAAAAAAAAAAAAGUUGCACAAGGUCACUUGUAAGGAAACCGAUUGCAGUUGAUGCUAGCCGGAAAACCACAGCGCUGGGCGAAUUGUGAUAAUGACAGACGGAACACUUCCUGGCUUCUUGUUUUGAUGGGAGAUAGUGAUCUCAAAUAGCGUUACCUAAGAUUGUCAGUCCACCCUGCCACAGAGAUUACACCUCUGAGGCUGAAGGCAAAAGCCAGAGAGCUGGGGAAACAUAAAUCUCCAAAUGAGACUGGUACUGUUGCAGAACGCGUUGCCCCAGACCUUGCCUUCCACUUAUCUUGCUACCAAAUCGUCUGGGGUUCUUUUAUCUACAUAGCAAUGCUAUCCAGGCCACAAGUUAUGCUUGGUUGUUUUUUUUUUUUAAUACAUACCUCUUCUCUGUAGGUGUGUUCCAAGACCACAAAAUGAAUUUUCACAAAGUAGACUGAUGGAAAUCUUCUAUGAUAAUCCUUACUAGUGAGAUCGGAAGCCAAUUAUAGCCAUAUUGAGCAUCCUGUUACUCCAAUGUUGUCGGCCUCCAACAUCAACACUGACUUGUCCGAUGUUAGUGUAUGUUUUCUAAGAUGAUUAAACACUGUAAACUGGGCCCACACACACAUACACGUGCUGCACUGUAUAUUGAUGCUAUGUCGAUCUGUGCUCUGUCCAAAGCCUUUUACUUCGAACAUCUGCAUUCCUUCAUGGCACAACCACCUCCAGAUGUUCCUGUCUUACACUGUACCCCCACGCGCUCCCCACGCACACACUCUUAAUUUGGUUAAAUUUCCCCACAUGAAGCCAUUGUGCGCCUAUAUUUUAUUCUCGUUCGACAGUUUUGACAUCUGAACCCCCUUUAAGAAUGUUUUGUGAAAAUAUUAUUGUAACAUAAAUUACACUUUCUCUUUGUUGGAAAGACAAAAGGCAGUUUUGGUCAAGACCUAGACCCAGAGACACAUAUCAAACAAUACUUCAUAAUGUACAGGAUCAGGCAAAAUUAUGUGAUACAUGUGUAGGUUAAAUAAAGUAAAGAAACAAAGUGUACAAAAAGUGAAAAAAGUACAUAUAAUGCCAUUCUGUUUCAUUAUAUUUUAAAAAUUAAAUCAGUUCUGGCGGUGCGAGGUCGGCCGUUUGAUUUUCAUUUCAAUGCAGAUCCACUAGCUCUGAAGUCUAACUCGUAACAAGAUGGUGUUCGGGGCUGGUACAGGAUCAUGUCUACCAAGAUUGAAGUGCAAAUGGAAUGCUCGUUGUGUUGCAAUUACAGAUUUGUUUGUUUUGAUAAACGUUCCACUGUGAAAGCGCAGCAACUGAAAAAGAAACUGAAAAAAUGGCAUUAUAUGUACUUUUCGAAAAUAAAAACACUUUUUUUGUUUCUUUAUUUGACCCACAAAUGUGUCAGAUCAUUUUGCCUGACCCUGUAUCUGAUGUCGUAUGUACUCUAAAGUUGCAUUGGGUGUGUUGUGGAGUGCAUUGAGCUGUGCAAGAAAUUUCAAGCCAAUGUGACUUAUAGGGUCAAACUUUGGGGUUCAAUACCAGUGCCACCAUGUGGUGUAUGAUUCAGAAAAAUAAUAGUACAGGCAACACAAUGGUGGUGUACGUUUUGCCAAAUUUUCACCCUUUUGUGUGCAGCGGUUCAAGAGAAGAAGAGUUAGCUUACACAAACGCAUGCAAUCAUGGGGUGUCCUGAUUUUUGUUGGAUUGCAGCGCCAUUUCUUCAUUUUGCUCUCCAUUAUUGAACCAACGUACCCCCUGCGAUGGCAGACAUGACUGAUCUGUGGGCUUGUCAGGUACCAUCAGUGCAAAGCUGGUGCCAUGUGACGCCUCCGGCAGCUUGCCAAAAGCUAAUUGUGCUAAUUGGCGAGCGCCAAUCCUGUAACAAGGCUUUGAGGGGCGACCCACCGACACAGAUGAAAGCGUGCAGAUUUGUCUUGUGUCAAGGACUUGCGGGUAAUCAGCGCGUCCAAUGACCUGCAGGCCAGGAGGGCAGACCCAGGACCAGGACAGUGUGGCCCGUCUGUGGAAGGUGAAGCAAAGGGACAUGGACUCAAGACUCUAAGCAGACACUGUGGCUUAAUUUGGAUUUAAAUUACAUUGGAGAAUCCAUUAGAAGCUCAUUUACAAUCUUCACAUGAAUUAGAAAUUAGCUGGCCUUUGUUGUCGGUUUCUUGUUGGUUAUAGCGGAAAAACAUCUUUCUGAAAAAAACAUUUCAUGUAGACAAAGAUUCAUCCCGAAAACAGCACAGACUAAUCGCCAUUUUUUUAAUUCUGUGAGAGCAAAGUCAGUCUUGUUCUUUUGUCUGUGGAGUAUAAAUAGUGCUGUCUCUGUAUUCAUUGAUGAGCCCAGAGACCAGACAUACCUCUCUCAAGAGCUUUACCAAUCACCAGGUCAUUUUACUUUUGAGGUGCAAGGAGGUUGCUGGUGUUUCUACCAUCUUGAAUGGCUGUCUUUGUAGGUGAACGAUGAACAUGUGCUCAUUUGUUGCCUUGUGUUCAUUUCUGAAGUGUAUGUUGUAUUAUUUUAUAGAUAUAGAUUAGAUAUUUAUAUUUUAACUUUAACAUCAUGUUAGGUUAGGGUAUCUACUGAAGAUUAACUACAUAUAUCAUAAAACUUACCAACAAAGGGAGCGAGACACAGGAUUUUUCUCACAUUUUGUUCUCACAAGCAGGCUCUAAUGACAUAUUGCCGUUUUAACAUCAUUAAACAAUCAUUUUUACAUAACAGGAGACCUUCCAGUGUUUAGUAUGAACACAUGCAACUCUGUCACACUCACAACAGUAUGUCGUGUUUGUGUUUUUAACGCUUCCCCUGCAAUUUGUACAUUUACUACGGUGCUACUGUGUGCAGCGGAGGUAAGACAAAGCGUAAUCAGAGUGGACAAGCAGGUGGUGCGACAUCGAUGCCCCGACAUGCAUAUUACAGCUUUUUUGCAGGUUUGUGUGACAACAUGAAGUGUUUUUUGCAUCACAUGGUAUUACAAGGAGUGAACUUGAUUUAGAAAUGUAGUUCAUUUCACUUCAACUCUGUCAUCAAAUGUGAAAUCAUAUCAAAUUUCCUUCUACAUACUUGGGUUGUAUAAUGUCUGAACCAUGACAGAUUCCCGCUCCCCAUGUCCAUUCAUCCACAUAAUAGGGUCAUUGCUGUGAUGAUCGGCAGUAAAAUGCUGCUCAGGUAGCUGUAAUCAUAUAUUAAAAUGUAACAAAGCAGAAGACUCAGGAGGCAACCACAUGGUGGUGUUACCCCCCAAACUCAAUGAAAGAUCAAACGCACCACCCGCUUUGACUUUAUCACACCUCUGACAGCUCAUGUCGGAGGGGUUAAUCUGCGAGUGCCAGAAAUCAAAUGAAUGCGCAGAAUACUUGGCAUGUCACUCUUCCCCAGCGCGAUGUAGCCACAUGAACAUGUAAACUGUCUGAGUUUUGCAGACAUGGCUGCAGGGCAGAGAGAAUUACACUGUCACACAGAGGAUAUGGAGCUGCCGUGACAUCCUCUUGGCACAUAGUUGAAGGCCAUCCAGGUGGAAAUCGCUCUGCUCUGCCAAGAGCAAGGUAGGGAGGGAGGCGGUUAGUUGUGUUGCAUCUACAUCUGCGAGGAUUGUCUCGAAUGCGAAUCAUAGUUGAUGUUACCUAUUGUAGCUGUCAGACACAAAGGAAGUGUUUAGUGCUAAUCUUGUGUAGAUGCAAUCAGAUGUUAAAGCUUGUUUUUUUUUUCUUCUCUCACUUUACUCAGUUUGCGUUCUGCUAUACUGUAUUUUACUUGUCUUCAUGGUUUUGGGUGUUGAGUAAUAAAUCAACCAACACAUUUUUCAACAAAUGAUUAAUUUGAUGUAAAUUUUCAAUCGUUUGACAGGCCUAGGAAAAAGACAUGAAUAAUAAGAGUACUCCCAUAUGGAAAAGAAAUCGAAAAAACUUAAAACUGUUACCUUCAGUUUUCUUUUAUAAAUUGUGCAUCAUAUAAGGCUUAUAUGAUUUUGGCCUCUUUGCAUUUUGUUAUCAUAAAAAGUUCUGGUAAGUACCCAGAUCAUACAAGUUUCUCACAUUGUUAUGUUGUAAUUUAUAUCAUGUGCAUGCCCAUGAAAAUUGAAUAAUUGGACAUGUUUCUGUGUUUUUGUAUUUUCUUCUGGCUGGCACACAUGGACCACAAAAACCCCUUUGUGAAUAAAGCCAUGUCUCUGUGGAUAAACUAUUUGUGUAAUAAUUAAUUCAACCUCACAACAUCUGUUUUCAUGUUAUUACUCUGUGCCUGUUGCACAUAUGACAAGCAUUGUUUUAACUUUGUGUGUGUUUGUGUACUUAAAUACAAUACAGAAACGUACAGAGAGGUUAGAAAAUGUUGGAAGUGGUUUGUCUACAGUUACAAGAAUUCCCUGCUCUUUGAGUGCAUACACUCAUCUACUCACCCACGUGUCCAACAAGCAUAAACAUGUAGGUCAGCCAUAUUUCCAUUGUCUUCACUCGGGUGCAUUGUUAUGAAGCACAUAAACAAAUGCGGUCGUACUAGCUCAACAGUUCUGCUUAGUUUAUCGCAAAUCUUUCCAUGCGCCAAAUGGUUGUCAACACUGCUACUGAGAUGGCAGCUCCUCUCUUGAACAGUAGCAGAGGGAAGAGGACCGAGGUGGAGAACAGCCAGACUGGCUUCGAUAGUAGUGUUUAGUAUUGUCUAUCCUGGGGUGACUAAACCUUUUCCACCCAGGGCCGACUAUGGAAACAAUGAAUGACAAUUAGCCACUUAUUAUAUUCUUAACCUUUUCAAUUCCAUGUCGGUCAAGAUAUGCUCACUAAUAGAGCUUCUUGGACCCACAUAAUGUCGGACAAACACAACUCAUUAGCAUUAAAGCUAAGGUAAGCGAAGGUAGUAGUAUUAUCAGCACAAUGCUUAAUGUAUAACAUUGAUGAAAAAUUCUAGAUUGAUGCUUUAAUCUUCAUACUCCCUUUCUAUCUAAGUUUAAUAAAUAAAUAAGUAAAUAGUUUCAGAACCAAAAAAAAACUUUUGGUGUGCAGAAUUUUCUUAUUUCAUUUAUAACUUGCACCAAGUCUGACCUUAAUUCCUCCAAAUUGUUCCCUCUGGAAACAGUUUGGCGCUGUUUGUUGGAGCUGGAUGUGGGUGGUGUGAGCAAUGCAAGGCUGCCACCCUUCACCAGUGUCCUCAUCUGUCCCUGUCUGGGCCGCCCACCCCUCCACCUUACUCCCGCAGUGUCCUUUCCGAGGGCCAGCUUGUCUGAACCCGAACAACAGUUCCAUUUGUUCUGCCAGGGAUGGGAAUGCACUCAGCCAUCUUUCUCUGUGUUUCUGCCAAGACCACUGGAUGCCAAACCUGUGGGUCUUACUCAUAUGCCAGCUCUUUUUUAAUGCUCUCUUUUCACCCUGUCUGCCUCGGUCUGCGACAGUGUCACAGUAUCUGGCGCAGGGUCUCGAGAUGGAGCAAUCUGUGUGGUUACAUGACGGUGAACCUAUCAAAUAACAUACCUCACAAUCAAAGUUGGCCAUCCUGUAAAAUUGUUUAAAUUCACUUAAUGUGCAAUUAAAGAAUCUGUCGUCUUAAACAUAACAGGAUCCAUGCAAGUCGUAAAUCGUGAUUAUUCCUAUCUUUUGAGUCAAAGUAUUGCUACACUGAAUUACUUAAUGCCCCAAGGCAUUCUCUCCUUCCAACUCCGAAACAAAUAAGUAGAUAUUUUCAAAGCAGUUCUAGGCAGCCAUUGUUCACUGCAAUAAAAUAGGCUGUGGACUAUAUGCCUCAUUGCCCACCAUUCCUCCAUCUCCAUUGUGUGUGAGAUGGAUGAGUGAGCGUAUGUAAACAUACCACAUCGGGUCACAGCACUGUCCACAGCACACAACCAAUAUGGGACUCUUCAGAAUGCUCUUGAAGUACUUAAGAAAACACGUGCUGCCGAUACCUAUCUACAGGCCACUCAAACCAGUCUUUGUUUCUCAAAUCAGAUGAAUGCAGCACAGAACUGCAACAGGAAAAAUUAACAUUGAGUAAUAGUUAACUCAUUUAGUCAGACAUUUUUCAAAACACAACCCCUUUGGUAUUGGCCAUUUUAGAGUUAGAUUUUUUAAAGCACACAGAAUAUUGUGAUCCAUGGUUAUAUAAACAUGGGACCUACCAAAAGAAAGAAAGAAAAAGAAAUUUGCCUACCGUCUUUCAUCAGAACAAAAAGUUUGUUUCUACCUUUUUCCGUUCUUUACUGUACUAUACUAUACUGUAGUUGACUGUCUGAUGGACUUCUGCCUGCUAGCUUCCUGCGAGACAGCUUUCAGUCUUGUCAUUACCUUUUAAUCUUGUCACACACCUACGAUUAGACUUUGACUCAACAGCUUUCAACAUUCCGUGUCAGGAACGAGAGUGUAGUCCAGCCCUGAUACUUUGUACACAUUUUUCAUACACAGCACUUAUUUUGACCCUUGCAUACACUUGUACCCGUUGCUGCUCUCCAGGUAACGUCAAAAUUAUUUAGAAUAAAAUUACAGUUUGAAUGCCUCAAUUACUUUCAACCCCAGAAACACUCCUCUCUUUAAUUAUUAGCGUUCACUCACGGCGUGGGAAGCUAACAAGCUAAAUAGUUGACAAGAGACCUUGCAGUUGACAUCACAUGGUCAACCUGUGGGUGUCCAAAGUGCGACCCAUUGCUUUGUUGUUUGUUAUUAGUUCACGGCACAUUGUAAAAAUCUAAUUAAACAAAAAAACAACAGCAAAAAUGUGAAAAAAUAUGUUGGCAAAUACAUCAGCAAACAAACAUCACAACAGAGACGGUGGGAGACAAGGCAGUGGCAGGGAGGGCUGCCUAGGCUUAGCUCAGAGAAUGAAGAAAAGAGUGUAAUCUGCUCUGUCUGCUACAUUACCCUUGAAUGAGGCCUGAGCACGUUGGCGGACUCACAGAGGAUGCACUCUGGCCUCGGGAAACAAAGAAAGGGACACAGCCAGUCACUUUGUUGCACUUUUGCUUCCACGUUAGAUUACAUGGACAAAAGUAUUUCGUCACAUACACGUACAGAAACUGAAAAUGGAAGAAAAUAUGCACUACUUGGACAUGUCCUUUGGCUCAUAAUUUCCAUUCUAUUUUAGGAAAAGUUCUGUAAUCCCGAUCAAACUGUGAACUAUGACAUCGCUUCUAUAAAUGAUAAUACAACUAUACGGACGUUUGCGAGGCAUUAUUGGAAGCACACAUGAGAGGAAAACUUCACUUUUUUGGAAUUUUGCCUAUCAUCCACAACCCUUAUGUCAAUGAACACGCAUCUUCCCAUUUUCAUUGCCGGCUCAAGAGAAAAAACAGUUGGCACGAGGGAGCUAACAAUGUAUGUCAUGGAACACACCUAUUUCAAUUAUAAAGCCUUCUAAAAAAAAAUUGUUUCCAGAACGUGUUUCCUGGAGCCCGUCAAUGGGAACUAACGCUGCUUCUGUCAACUAAAGCACCUGUCUGUAUGAAUUUGGUUGUUUCUUUCAGUUUUUUCAUGAUUUUGGAGACGCCACAACGGAUCUUUGAAUGGUAGUGUGAAUGGUUGUUUGUCUAUAUAUGCCCUGCCAUUGGCUGACGACCAGUCCAGGGUGUGGCGUCCCAAAGACAGCUGGUUAUGCUCCAGCAUAACCGCGACCCUAAGUGAGGAUAAGCGGCAUAGAAAAUGUAUGGAUGGAUCUUCAUGUGUACUAUAUAUCACAUAUUAUGACGUGGACACCUAUGGCUUAUGUACAAAUUAGGGGUGGUACGAUCAAUAUAAUGCGGCAUUCCGCCGAUCAGCUCCGCCCCAUGCACCAUCCAGCACAAGCAUGUCUGCCGAGUGUGAGACUUCCUAAGUUUUGCACCCUGCAUUUUUUUUCUCUUUAAAUUUGGUGGGUGUGGCUUAUAUUCGUGUGCGAUUAAUAGUGCAGAAUUCACUGCAUUUCGCUGUCAUGUGUCUCAGCUUUCAAGAUUGUUCAUUACAGAGCAGCAACCUCCCAGAGGUACUUACAGAUCAGGGAUUAGAAACCCUGUCCUGUCAACAUACACUGAAGUCUACAUGCCCACUUUUUGACUCUUCCUCUUCUUUUCUUUUUUUUUUUGCUUUUGCUUACUGUCAUGUUGUCAGAAGAGCAAGGCGAACCAUCACCUGUUUCCUUGUCUCGCAUGUUCCUAUCUGUGUCAUUGGGCAAACACCCUGUAAACAACCAGACAUUUGAUCCAUGCGCACCAUCUCUCUCUACUUUUAGAACCAAGCUGCCUCUUAAUGGGGAUGUCCGGGCUGGCAUUGACAUGUCCGGACUUGUCGGCCACCCUUUGCCCCCAACCAAUAACGGGAGGGGGGGCCCUCCCUGUGAAUCACAGGCAUGUCUUGUAAGGGAUAUGUUAACCUUUCAAGCACGUUAGCCGGUGUUACCCUCUGCCUUUUUCUUGACAACAGUUACUAUGUAGAGGAUCUGAUUAUAGCUCUAUAGUGACAUAUUCUGUGGUUGUGCUGUCACGACCGCAAGACACGUCCAUGACCUCAGUGCAACAUGAUUAUGUGCUAGGCUUAACCCAGGGCACCAGAGGGGAGUCAAGGGUCUGCAUUCCUCUCUGUGUGUAUUAUGAUCUCAUAGACUCCAGUGACAUUGAUUCACGUUUCCUUGAUCUGUCUCUGAAGGGUGAUAAAUACCUUUCUGCACAUCAGACAAAAUAAGAGGUCAAAAUUCAGUUGGAAAAAAUGCACCCGGUUCAUGCAUUUGCACAAUUCAGCAAUCUUAACUGCUCCUACACAUGCACAGGAAAGCUGUACUCCCGUUGUAUGUGCAUAACGUGACACAUUAAGGGGAUGAGGUGAACAUUUUUGGUAUUCAGAUGAGCAGCUCGGGGCUAGAUUUGAUGCGCCCAGACAUUUAAAGAUAUUUUGUUCUGCAGUGCGAGACUCCGAAGCACAGCUAUUCAGUGCAGACAGUAUUGUGUGGGACUUGGCAGACACCCCCUGAAGCGUCUUUUGAAAGAGGUUACCUUGUUUGCCCCUUGAGCUAUUUUCGCUCAGCCUGUGUCUGGACUCGCAAGUCUGUGAAAAUACUCCUUACUAACCUUAUCUCCACCUUCCUCUCCUCCAUCAGUGUCUGUCAUGACGUCACCAACACCAGGUAUCCAAAGCAGACUGCGGUAAACGAACGUUUAUUGAAUACGAAUUAUUUACACACCUGCUUUGCGGCACAUUCCUGAUUACAUGGUCUAAUGGGAUGGGCACUUGAAGCAGGAUUAGUUAAGCCUGGGGCUCUACACCUGAACCUCAGUACAACUCCUAUGCAAACAUCCUCCUGCUCAGACAGAAAAGGUUGUGGAAAAGUUUGUUGGCCUUUUUUGGCUUGUUUAGAUAUACACACCGAAGACUAUAUUGCCAGAGAGUUGUCGUCCUCCAAGACUUAAUUGGAUCUGAUACAAAAUUAAUUUUUGGUACCACGCUUGGUGCAUAUUGUUUUUUAUUUUAUUUUAAAUUUAUAUACAUAUAUAAACAUGAGAAUCUGUCCUGUUUUCCAUGCAUCAUGUUAUUAAAUCUAGUCCCUAAGUGGGUGGUGGUAAUUGUUGUCAAUUUAGCACCUAAAUGUUUCUCUACCAAAUUUCCUAAAACCAUAUUUUCAUCCUUUUUAAUGCUUGUGGAUAAGCAAGCACCAAUUUAGAGCAUUUCCCCCGGUGUGCCAUGUUGCAUUAUACCAUGAAGGAAUGGUGGGCUGCUAGACUGGCUUGUUUUUGGCUGGCAUUUUUAAAAUUAGUGUUAACUUUAUUUUAUUUGAAAAGAAAGUCUAUUCUUUCACAGUAAGUCUAAAUUAGCAAAUCAUGUCACAUUAUAUCAAUGAACUACAUUACAUCACGUGUUCUCGCACGUAGCGCAUGAUAUCUGCACUCGCACAAGCGUAACAGCCCCUCGGCACAAAACCCACGAUAGCGAGGCCAUGAACAAAAUGCGUGGGGAGAUGACUAAGCCCAUGGAGACCCGAUGAGGGGAUAAUGGUGAGAUGUUAGAGGUCUGUAAUGUGAUAGGACCAGAAUGAUCUUCUGGGUGUUUGCUCGCAGGGGUUCUGCACAAUGUUGCACCCUGCGUCACAAACACGUCACACCACUGACAUUCUCUCAGGACACAUUGCAGGGAGAUGCAGUGGCCAAAUGUAGGUUCGAGGGGCCAUUAACACAGUAUGUGACUUGGUUUUAAGGUCAAGGCUCUGUUAAUUUUUUUCUACAUUAAGAGAACAAAAUGCAAAACAUAAAAUUGCUUUGCCAUGUUUGUUUCUUUAGGUGUCAACAUUUUCAAAUAGGGAGAGAAAAGGAUAGAUAUUCAUCAUAGAUACUGUAGCUUAUGAAAUGAUUAAGGAAAGCAAACAAAGCAGGAAAGAAUGUGUUCAUAUGAAGUACAAAUUAUGAUUUGUACUAGUGAUAAAAAAAAGGGAAAAACAAAGAUUAAAAAUAUUAUUGAAAAAGUAAUAGCAGGUUAGGUCUAAAUAAAUAAUCAUUCGUUCAUUCAUUUUCUACCGCUUAUGCUCACGUAGGUCGCGGGAGUGCUGGAGCCUAUCCCAGCUGUCUUCGGGCGAGA